CUAAAGAAGAGCCAAAGCCAAAGCCAAAGCCAAUCAACAAAUAUCUCUUCUAAGCUUUUCUCUCUCUUCGUCUCUUACUCUUAACCAUGUCAUUGAGAAGGAACAUGUCUUUAAUUUCUUCAUAUCUCUGUAUUUUCUGAUCUGGGUUUUAACACUUUCCUUCUCUAGAUCAUAGUUUUUUUUGUUCUUUUCUAACUUUGGAACUUUCCUUUUGGUUAUUCCAAGUAUUCACCUUUCUCAACUUAAACGAGGGAGAAACAAAACUCAGCGCUUUGCUCUUUUUUUCCUCUUCUUUAUGGUAUGAUUGUGUUGUUUUAGCAGAUUCGAAGUGAUGGGUUUCUUCUUUAAGACAGAAAUUAACUUUGGUUUAUUUCAGAUUGCAACUUGAUUUUUAUGAUAGAUUUCCAUUAGUUGGGUUUUAGAGUAUGGGUAGAGGUAGAGGAAAGGGAAAGAAGUUGGCUGUUAGCAACCACAACGACGCUGGAAAUGGUGAAGAAGAGAAAAUUCCUUCACAAAAGAGAAGAGGAAGGCCACAAAAACCAAUUAAAGAUAACAUGAAUGACGAAGUUGAAAACUUAGAAGAGGGGGGUGGUGAGAAUGGAAAACCUGAUAUCAAAACCAAUGAGAGAAAGAGUAGCAUUGCUGCUACAAAUGGAAAUAAGAGAAAACGUAACUCACAAGUAAAAGGGAAGCCUGAUUCAGUGAAAGAAGAGAAUGGGUUUGGGUCUAUAUCAAACACGGAUGACUCGUCAAAGGCUAAUGGUUUUCGGCAGAAUGGGAGUAGGAGGAAAAGUAAGCCACGUAGAGCAGCUGAAGCAGUUGUGGAAUGCAAGUGAGAUUUUGGUGGUUCUUCUUUUUCACAUUGCCAGAUACAUGAUAAGGUAGGAAGCGAGGCCUAGUUAAAUCUCUAGGUAAUUGUUUCCUUUCAGUUUUGGUGAUUUUUGUUUCUAUUUUAUUUGGUUUUGGAACUGAUUCUGUUGGUUGUAAUUUUUUAUAAUGCUAUUAUAUUCCAUAGCAUCACGGGAUUCAUGUACUAUAUCAUCUGGAUUACAAUGCCAAGCUCUUGUUUUCACAGAUUUGGUGGCUGGUACAACACCAUGUAGGUACAUAGUAUUUAGUUCUACUAAUGAAUGACUUUUAUGCUUUCUUUCUCCAA